AUGAAGAGUAGUAUCAUAUUUUAUUUUUCUUUUUUUUUUGUGUACUUAUACUAUGUUUCGUGUAAUCCAUCAAAUAGUAGUACGUCAGUAAAUAAUGAUGAAGAUCAAGAAGAAUUAUAUGUUAAAAAUAAAAAAUUUGAAAAACUAAAAAGUAUAAUAUCAGGAGAUUUUGUUGGAAAUUAUAAAAAUAAUGAAGAAUUAUUAAAAAAAAAAAUCGAACAACUACAAAACAGCGAAGAAAAAAAUGUACAAGUAUUAAUUAAUGGAAAUACAAUUAUUGAUGAAAUAGAAAAAAAUAAUGAUAACGAAGAAAAUAAUGAUAAGGAAGACAAUGAUGAUGAUGACAUUACAUAUGAAUUAGAUAUGAAUGAUGACACAUUCUUAGGACAAAAUAAUGAUUCAAAAUUUGAAAAUGUUGAAGAUGAAUCAGAAGAAAAUGAACAAUCAGAAGAAGAAAACGAAAACUCACAAUCAUUUCCAUUAUUCCAAAAUUUAGGAUUAUUUGGUAAAAAUUUUUUAUCAAAGGUAAAGGGACAAAGUGAAACACAUAAUCAAUCUGAAAAUCAACAAGAUAUAUUAACAGAAGGACAAACAGGAGGAGAAGCAGCACAAGUACCAGCAGAAGGAGCAGCACAAGCAUCAGCACCAGCAACAGCAACAGCAACAGCUACACCAGCAUCAGCACGAAUAUCAGUAACAGCAGGAACAACAACAAAUGAAAACAUAAAAGACCCAAAGAAGAAAUUAUAUAGUUUAAGCGAUGUGUUAAAUCAUAUAGUUCAUAUUACAAACAAAAAAAACAAAAUAAACGUUAAACAUCAUGGUGAUGAAUAUUUAGAUUUCAAAAAAAAGUAUGAAGAUUUUGUUUUAAAUUCUAAAGAAUAUGAUAUAAUAAAAAAUCUACUAAUGAUGUUAGGUGAAAAAGAUAAUGGAAGUAAUCCUAGUAACCCUGAUAUAAACGAUCGUAUAAUUACAGUUUUUCUAAAUGCCUUAGAGAAGAAGAACUAUGAACAAUUUCAAAAUUUUAUUUAUGGUAUUUAUAGUUAUGCAAAACAAAAUAGUCACUUAAAUGAGAAAAAAGGAAAACAUGAAGGAGAAUAUAAAAAUUUCUUUGAAAAUUCAUUUAAUUUAUUAAACACAUUGUAA